AAGCAAAAGCCGAACAUGCCCGCCCGUCAAUGUUGUCUCUUAAUUGGGAAACCUUAUUUCUCUCAAGUCACAACCAAUCAGUAUUUUGCAUACGUGGCUCUUGAAUUCCAAACCCAAAGCAUCUCCACUAACCUGUUGAGAUAUGCUUGUCAAAAGGAUUGGUUGUUGUCUUGUUGAUUAUUUCGAAUUUAUCUGUUUUAAUCUAUUUAUUUAUAUGCAACAGACUAACACAUGUAGCACUGAUGAGCUACAUUGUGCAAGAUCCCGUAUUAUUGGAAUGCCACAUAUCCACUCAUUGCUUUUAAUGUGAAUCUGUAAAAUUUGCUUGUGUUCCGUUUCUGUAGGAUGAAAAUGUAGGAUCACAUUGAGAUGAGGAUGAUGAUGAUCCCAAUGGUAACAGGGAAAAUGAAGAAGGAGAUUAGUUUGAAGACGAAGAUGAAUGCAGCCAUGCAAGGAUGUCGCAUGAGACUUCCAACAGUAGAAAGAGGAAACAUGAUGUUAUCAUAACUGAGGCUUACCCAGUGUCCGCAUAUUUUCCCAGUGGCAAUGUUCUUGAUGACCAUGGAGGCAUUAGCUUUCAGAGCCCUCUCCUUGGGAAGCCUGGUUUCAGCAAAAAAAUGCACCCGGUGGAGAAGAGCAUGUCCAUUAAGGCUCCACUUCGAAAAGCAGGUUGGGAGAAGGAGAGGGAAGAUCUGGUACCAACUCAUUUCCUGGGAUCAUCCACUGCAAGUCCUAUAGCUUCUGAAUUUGAAAUGAGAAGGGAGUUUGAGAAAGAAACUUCUCCUUUGGUUAAUGAUAAUAGAGUUGUGGAAGCUCAAAAGAAAGAUGAUGCAAGGCUUUUAGAACCGAACCAGCCGUUAAAGAGGAAAAAACCAAGACAUCCAGGCAAGGGCCGUAGAAAAAUCGAAAUCAAAAGAUUGGAGGACAAAUCCAAGCGAUUGGUCACUUUCGUCAAGCGCCGUGACGGGCUCUUCAGCAAGAUGCAAGCGCUCUGUUCAAUAUGUGGCGUCCAGGGCGCCGUUCUCACCUUCAGUGAGGCCCAAAAACGCAUGUCUUUGGCAACCCCGCAGUCAACACCGUCGUUGAUCGUUACUUAACUGAAACCUCAGUCGCAGAAACUACAGCUAAUGAGCGUUACAACAACGAACCGGUGAAAGAGAUUAAAGACAAGUACGCAGAGGCUCUGGUUAGGUUAGAAAAAGAGAGGAAAUGCGGCCAGAUCUUGGACAAGGUGUUGGCAGUUGCUGAAGGGAAUGCACCUACUGAAGCUUUAGGAUCGAAUGAAGUUGAACUGAUUCCGGCAAUGAUGGAGGAGAUGGUGAAUAAACCAUCUGGCCCUGGGUCGGAGGCUUCAACAAGUAAAAGGCCCUCCUCUUUUGUAAACGUGGAGUUGAAUUGCUCACUACCUUUUUUUCUUUGUUUCAUAAUCCUCUUCUUUGUAACGUUGAAUUUUAUGUUCUCUUUUCAGUUAGGCGAUCUAAAAGCCUAUUUUCUGAUAGAAAUAUGCAAAGGGUGGAAGUGAGCUUGAUAAGAAAUUUAGCUUAAAAGCAUGCUUGGUCAAGUGGGUGACAAGUGCCUUGGCCCAUUACUGUGAAAUGGUGAUAGAUUUACCAAUAUAUAUGAGUUCUUUAGCGAUUUUUUCAUCAUACAAU